GGGCUUAGCCGGCUCGCUUUGCCGGACAGAUUGUAGUUUGUCCCGUAGACGUCCGUCCCGUGCAGGUGUGUCCAGGCUGAGAGGACGUCGUCAUGGAUUUGACGCAGUUGGCGGUGGAUGCUGGUCAGUUCAUCAACCGGGCCGUCCAGUACACGGAGGAGAGUCUUGGACAGGCCGAUAAGACCGAGUUGAACUCCGGCCUGGAGGAGCUUCUUACCCGGGCGGACGCCACCAAGACUUGGACGGACAACAUCGUCUCUCAAACGGAAGCCAUGUUGCAGCCGAGCCUCGCGGCACGUCUUGAAGAGCGACUAUACGAACACCUGGACUGGCCCCGCCCCCUUCGCCCUCACGCUCAUCAGGUCCUGGGAGAGCAAAUGAUUGAAGCUGGCUUUGAGAUGGGCAACAACACCCCUUAUGGCAGAGCGCUGCUCAGGUGUGGUGAGACCCAGAAGCAGUUUGGCGAGGCCCAAAGACAUUUUGUCCAAAGUGCCAACAUUCACUUUGUGACUCCUCUGCAACAUUUUACUAACUGUGACUACAAAGUCAUCCAGGAGGCGCGCAGGAUGCUGCUCAACAAGCGCUUGGACUUGGACAUCGCCAAGAGUAGACUUAGGAGAUCUCACCUGGCUCAACAGGAGUCCACUAGACUCAACAACACCCGGCAGGACGACUACAUGUCCUUCAUGUUCAGCUGUGUGCGUGUUGGCUGGCUGAAGAUGUGGGCUCAGGAAGUCUCUCAGGCGGAGAUGCAGCUGAGGAUAUGUCAGUCCUCCUUUGAUCGUCACUCAGAUGUGACACGACAACUUGUGGGAGAGUUACACAACACACAUAACAAACACAUGCAGAGUCUGAUGGACUUUGUGGAUGCUCAGACGUGUUUCUACGCACACUGCAAGCAACACGCCUUGGAGCUGAGGAAACACCUGGCCAGCAUCCCAGCAGUGUUGUGCUCCAGCAGGUGGCAGUCAUCAAUAACCAACGAACUUAUCAAUACAAAUGAUCAGCAAAGGGCGUCCAUCUUGGUUCCACACCUUCCAGGUUUGGAGCGAGACUCUUGGACAUUAGAAGUUGGUGCUGAGGAGACAAGUAAGAGUCCGCCUGCAUCGCCUCAGCAAAGUAGCAAAGGUGAAAGCAGGAAAGAUGAGGCUGAGUGUGGGAUAGUGGAGAGUGUUGAUGGUUGUCAGGAUGUGAUGGCAGCCAAGAUAGUGAAGAGUGUUGAUGGUUGUCAGGAUGUGACACAGACUGAUGGCAGCCAAGAAGAGAAGACAGACUAACCAUGAAUAAUACAUGAUGGGAGGGACCUGUCUACUUCCUGGGAGGAGUGUCACUGUACAACUGUGCAAUUGUCAACAAAGAAAACAUGCAAGAGCAGACUUCAUCACCAACACAACAUUCAUAUCAACAAUAAUACAUUUGAAGUUCUGCUCGUAAGGCUCGUUAAAUGUUUUGUAAAUGUACCAUCUAUAUGUAUAAAUAUACAGUAUAUAUGCACAUACAUAUAAAAAACCCUGAAGAGCAGAGAAACCUGCGAAACAGGCUUGUAGGGAUGAAAUAGCCUCUUGUGUUUUUUCCUGACCUAAUGUAUAUUUACAUGUAUAUGUAUGUGUAUAUAUAUAUACUAUAUAUAUGCU